CCAAAAAAAAUAAACUAAAGAUAAACCCAAAAGUCUUUUCUUUAAAUUUUUUUGUUUCUUCUAUUUGUGAGGGAAAAACUGGUGUGAUUUUCCCGAGAAUCUGAGUUCUCAGAGAAAAUGCACGAUUUCUGCUUCACGAUCCCGUACGGGUUGCUGCUGAUCGGUGGAGGAUUAUUUGGGUACUUUAGGAAGGGGAGCACAGCUUCUUUGGCUGGAGGUGUGGGCAUUGGAUUGCUUCUCACUCUUGCCGGCUAUUUCAGUCUCAAAGCCUUUGAGAGGAAGAAGAACUCGUACCCUGCUUUGAUUCUUGAAACGGUUUGUGCUGCCAUUCUCACGUGGGUCAUGGGACAGCGGUACGUGCAAACUUCUAAGUUCAUGCCAGCUGGUGUUGUUGCUGGCAUCAGUGCCCUCAUGACUGGAUUUUAUCUCUACAAAAUUGCAACUGGAGGGAACCAUAUUCCAGCCAAGACCAAGUGAUGGUGUGUGAGGACUUAUUUCGACUACUUAUAAACUGACAUACUAAAAUCACACCGAUCCAGAUGCCCAUAUUCAAUGUUAAUCCAAUAGUGCUAGAUACUAUGUUAUCAGGUUGGGUAUAAAACAAGAGAUGGCUUGUCUUUGAAAUUUGUCGAAACCUUGUCUCUGAACUUGCAUUGAUCAUUUACUGUACUUUUAAUCGAAUCAAAUCAACUCCAGUGAUAGACAUGACCCUUUUGUUUUG